CAAUCCCUUCGCCCUCCAAAAGUAGUUGUGCUGGGAUGCAUGGCUGAGAGAUUGAAGGAGAGGAUACUGGAUGCAGAUAAGAUGGUUGAUGUAGUAUGUGGCCCGGAUGCUUACAGGGACUUGCCUCGAUUGCUGGAAGAGGUAGAUUAUGGUCAGAAAGGAAUCAAUACACUUCUUUCAUUUGAAGAGACUUAUGCUGAUAUUAGUCCGGUUCGAAUCUCCAAAAAUUCUGUUACUGCUUUUGUCUCAGUGAUGAGGGGUUGCAAUAAUAUGUGUUCGUUCUGUAUUGUUCCGUUUACAAGAGGAAGAGAGCGGUCACGUCCUGUUGAAUCAAUAGUGAAGGAGGUUGGGGAGUUGUGGAAAGAAGGUGUGAAGGAGGUAACUCUUCUUGGCCAAAAUGUAAACAGUUAUAAUGAUGCAUCUGGAACUGAAAAAGAUAUUGAGCCUGGAGCUAAUUGGAGAUUAAGUGAUGGCUUUUCCAGCACGUGCAAGGUGAAAAACAUGGGUUUACGUUUUUCUGAUCUCUUGGAUAGACUUUCCACAGAGUUUCCUGAAAUGAGAUUCAGAUACACAUCCCCUCACCCUAAAGAUUUCCCAGAUGAGUUGCUAUAUUUAAUGCGAGACAGACACAAUAUCUGCAAAUAUAUCCAUUUGCCUGCUCAAACUGGUAGUAGCACUGUACUUGAAAGAAUGCGUAGAGGAUAUACUAGGGAGGCAUACCUAGAUCUUAUUCAGAAGAUACGCCGCAUUAUUCCGGAUGUGGGCAUAAGCAGUGAUUUUAUAUGCGGUUUCUGUGGAGAAACUGAAGAGGAACAUGAAGACACUCUAAGCCUCAUUAAGUCAGUUGGUUACGAUAUGGCAUACAUGUUUGCUUACAGCAUGAGAGAGAAAACACAUGCUCAUAGAAACUAUGUUGAUGAUGUUCCUGAUGAUGUCAAGCAGAGGCGGUUGGCAGAACUCAUUGAGGCUUUUCGCGAGAGUACUGGUCAGUGUUUUGACUCCCAGGUAGGAACCAUCCAGCUCGUAUUGGUUGAAGGACCCAACAAGAGAGCUCCGCAGACAGAGCUAAUUGGCAAGAGUGAUCGAGGACAUAGAGUUUCAUUUGUCAAUCUUCCACUGCUAGAUCGCAAUGACAAUGUUAACAAUAAACGGAAUCCUGUAGUGGGUGAUUACGUGGAAGUCCAGAUACUAAAAUCCACACGAGCUUCACUCUUCGGAGAGGCACUUGCCAUAACAAAACUAAGUUCAUUUUAUAGCAAUGUGGAGGAAGAAGCUAUUGCUUGUGCAAGUAGAAAUUGAAGUCUUUUAUCUUUUUUCAAACUUAGAUAAAUUAUUACUUAGUUCAGCAGAUCAGAUUAACGUUGUUGCUGGUGAAUGAAGCCUCUUAUUCAUGUCAUCUAACUUAAUUUCAUUGUAAAUUUUCAUGAAAGUUGAUCCUGCCUGGCCGUGAGAAAUACUGUACCAUUGAGCUCUGAAGUUGUCUCCAAAGGUGCAGGCAUUAUUACAUUUCUUGCAAUGGUAGAGUUCUUGUAGUCCACAAUUCACUUCAUGUGUAGAAAUACUUUUUGUGGUAUAUUUUUUCUAUAUUGAAUUUAUAAUGUCUCCU